AUGGAGGAAGCGGAAAAAGUGAAAGUUGUGGUCCGAUGUCGUCCGAUUUCAACCACCGAGAAACUACAAGGACACAAAAUCGCGGUGAACUGUAAUGAUGAGGAUAAAGCGGUCACAAUUAAAAGUGUCAAUCAGGAAGAACCCCAACGAACCUUCUACUUUGACGCUGUAUUCUCCCCAAAUACCGAUCAAAUGACAGUUUACAAUGUCGCGGCAAGACCCAUUGUGGAGAAUGUGUUGAAGGGAUACAAUGGAACAAUCUUCGCUUAUGGUCAAACUGGUACCGGAAAAACGUUCACAAUGGCCGGAGAGUUGGAGCCAAUAGAAAUGCGGGGAAUUAUACCGAAUUCGUUUGCUCACAUUUUUGAUCAUAUCGCUAAAUGUCAGCAUGAUACAACAUUCCUUGUCCGUGUCUCGUACUUGGAAAUAUAUAACGAAGAAAUUCGAGAUUUGCUCUCCAAAGAGCACAGUGGACAUUUGGAGAUUAAGGAGCGUCCAGAUGUGGGUGUCUAUGUACGGAAUCUCUCAAAUCCUACUGUAGAGAAUGCGUCAAAAAUGCAAGCCCUGAUGGAGUUUGGAAAUAAGAAUCGCAAAGUCGGAGCCACUGCCAUGAAUCUAGAAUCUUCUAGAUCCCAUGCAAUGUUUACCGUAACCAUUGAAUCUUGUCGAAAUGGACUAGUGACACAGGGAAAACUACAAUUAGUCGAUUUAGCUGGAUCCGAACGACAGAGCAAGACAGGAGCUCAGGGGGAGAGGUUAAAGGAAGCGGCAAAAAUUAACCUAUCCCUCUCUACCCUUGGAAAUGUGAUAAGCUCUCUUGUAGAUGGCAAAUCUACACAUGUACCUUAUCGAAAUUCAAAAUUGACACGAUUACUACAAGACUCGCUGGGCGGCAAUUCAAAAACUGUGAUGAUCGCAAAUGUUGGUCCAGCCACCUACAACUACGAUGAGACGUUGUCAACGUUAAGAUACGCAAAUCGUGCAAAGAAUAUUCAAAAUGUGGCGAAAAUCAACGAGGAUCCAAAAGAUGCGCAACUUCGAAAGUUUCAGCUGGAAAUCGAGCUGCUCAGGAAGCAGUUGGAUGAAGAAAAUCCUGGCGAGGAUGAAAAUCAGGAGGAGGCGUGGGAGGCGAAAAUGAAGGAGCGAGAAGUGGAAAUGGAGAGAAAACGGAAAAUUCUGGAAGAACGAGUCAAUUCGGCGGUGGACGAUGAGGAAACGCAUCGGCUGGUCAAAGAGAUGAUGGAGAAUGAGGCAGAAUUGAAAAAAGCAAGGAGUGAGCACGAGAAAUUGAGAAGCAAAUUGGAAAAAAUCGAGAAAAAGCUGAUCGUUGGCGGUGAGAAUCUUCUGGAAAAGGUCGAGGAGCAAGCGAAACUUCUGGAAAUCAACAACAAAGAGCUAGAACAGUCGAAAAGUCAAGAAGCUCAUCUAAGGAACCAAUUAGAGGAGAAAACCGCGGUUAAAGUGGAGAUUGAGGAGAGAUAUUCAUCUCUACAAGAAGAAUCGCUGGCGAAAUCCAAGAAAAUCAAAAAAUUGGGUAUGGAAUUGAAGGAUUCGCGUGCCGAGCUGCAGGAUUUGGAGGAGGAGCAUCAGAGACAGAUGGAGGGAAUGUUGGAGAACUGUCGAUCGUUGAAAAAGGAACUGAUGCUAAACCUGGCAAUUAUCAACCAGUACAUCCCAGUGGAGCAUGUUGAAAUGAUUGAAAAGUAUGUGAGCUGGAAUGAGGAGCACGGAGAAUGGCAGCUGAAAGCGAUCGCCUACACUGGAAACAACAUGAGAGCUGUGGCGCCGCCUGUAAAACAAGAAUUUUCGAGCAAUAACCAAACGACACCAAUGUACUAUUCGUAUCGUGCAGAUUUGGGAGCAAGUACCGCGGAGCAUCGACCAAGAACGAGUAGUAUGAAACGGAUGAAACAGAGUAUACGACUACAGCAGUUGUUGACCUAG